AGUCAGACUGAAAUGUCUCAGGCUACACUGUGAAAUGUUCACCGGAAGUGGUAGCUUUUAUUACGACAUGCUUGACUUAGUCGUCAUUCAGACAGGAGAUUCGCUGUCAAAGAGGGUGGAUGCCAGAGAUGGAAAUGACCUAGAGGCCUUACAGAUACAUUUGUGCUCUUGCCGCUGUAAUCUGCAUCCGCGGGCGAGUCCCACCUACCUCAGCCGGCACACGGACGGGAAAAGCAGGAAGCUCGUCGGGUGGGGGUGGUGGACCAACGGAGAAGUGGCGCUUUUGGAGAGGAGCACCUUGAGACGGACCGGAUCUGCCUCAUCCUCUCGGUCCAGAAUCUAUUUGCAUGUUUUUUAAACAUUUUGUAACCUCCAUGCUGUUGACCAGUGUUUUAUUUUGCUUUUUUUUUUUUUGCUUUCAAUCUGAUUAUUUUCUACUUUCAUGAGUGAAGAGUUUCUAUAUGUAAAAAAGCUACAGAUUGUAUGAAGAAUUCUUCCACCCUGCUCUUCUAAAGGAAGACUAAUGCACUUUUAAAGCUUGGCUCUCGGAUCAGUUUAUGAAGCUGAACCAGAAUCUUGGAGGCAUGCGUCUUUAUAUGCAGCUGGCCUGCGUUUAAGCACUUCACAUAGGAUCCCGGCCCUCUCUUCUCGCCACUCCUGCCUUUGGAUUCCCCCAAGGUGCGCUGAGAUGAGCCUCCGGCAGGCAGAAUCCCUCAGCGAUCUUUUUACGUGACCUGGACUGUCGCGGUUUGAGCGUGUCCUUGUCUGGUCGAGAGGAUUUUUUUUGGGGGCGUUGGGAAAGCAUAACAGAAACAGGAUCGUCCGGUGCUGGUGCACCACCUAUGUAUUGUUGCAGCGUGCAACAAAGUAAAAUGGACUACAAGCGUCGCUUUUUGCUCGGCGGGUCCAAGCAGAAAGUCCAACAGCACCAGCAGUACCAGAUGCCUGAGUUGAGCCGAACCCUCAGCGCCUCAUUGGCGGCCUCUUGCUCGGCCUCCUCACCCAUGGGCCUACCCGGCAGCUGCCACCCACCCUCCGCCUCUCCCACUACCGCGGUGGCUGACAUCCAGCAGGGCAUCUCCAAGUACUUGGACGCCCUCAACGUGUUCUGCCGGGCCAGCGCCUUUCUCACCGACCUCUUCAGCAGCGUGUUCAGGAACUCUCACUACUCCAAAGCAGCUAUGCAACUGAAGGACGUGCAGGAACACGUCAUGGAAACGGCCAGCCGGCUGACGGCGGCCAUCAAGCCGGAGAUCGCCAAGAUGCUGAUGGAGCUGAGCGCCGGGGCCGCCAACUUCAAAGAUCAGAAUGACUUCAACCUGCAAGAUGUUGAGGUCCUGGGUCGAUGCUUCUUGACGGUGAUGCAGGUCCACUUCCAGUUCCUUUCGCAGACCCUGCAGAAGGUCCAGCCCGUGGCACAGUCCUGUCUGGCCGAGGCUUUGGCGCAGGCCCAGGAGCGCUCGGCCAACAUUCGGGCCCAAAGCGCCGAGCUCGGGCAGCUCACCGAGUUGGAGGAAGCUUCCCGAUCGUGGAAAGGUGCAGCUGAGGCCAUGUCGAGGCUGCGGGAGAGGGGACGUGACGGCUGCCUGGCUGGCCUCCAGGUCCAGCAGCUCUUUUGCUCGCACAACACCAACAUCCCAGAGCACCAGCUAAAGGAGCUCAACAUGAAGAUAGACAGCGCUUUACAGGCGUACAAGGCAGCGCUGGAGAGCCUGGGCCACAGUGAGUAUGCGCUGAAGGCCGGCUUCCAUCUCAACCCCAAAUGCGUGGAGGCAGCCUUGCAGGGCUGCUGUGGCGAGGCAGAGGCACAGCAGGCGGGCCGGAUGCAGACCACCACCCAGCCCAUCCAGUGUGAGUUGCCCACCAUCCCCGUACAGAUCGGCUCGCAUUUCCUCAAGGGCGUGUCCUUCAACGAGUCGGCGGCAGAGAACCUAAAACUGAAAAUGCAAACCAUGCUGCAGCUCAUUAAGGAGGCACUGGGCCAAAAUGGGGUGACCCCCAGGGACGACUCCCCUGUCACCGAAGUGCUCAACCAAGUGUGUCCUUCCAGCUGGAGGGGAGCCUGCAAGACGGCCGUCCAGCUGUUGUUUGCGCAGGCCGGUCUGGUGGUGGUCGACACAGCUCAGAUCGAGAACAAGGAGUCAUAUGCGCCUCACAUCACCUUAGAAGGAUCCAGGCUGGUGGUCCAGGUUCCUUCCACGUGGUGUCUGAAGGAAGACCCGGCAACCAUGUCCUUGCUCCAGCGUAGCCUUGAUCCGGAGAAGACGCUCGGCCUCGUGGACGUGCUCUACACAGCCGUGUUCGACAUCAAUAGAUGGAAGGAGAGGAAAGAGCAAUCGUUGCCGACUAUCCAGAUUCAGCUGCAGCGAGAGAGCCCAGAUUUUGGCGGCCACGCCGAUUUGCCUCCGGGUACCAACUCCAAGGCCUCGGGCGGCCUCCCCAAAACCAUCUCCAAGCUGACAUCCAAGUUCACCAAGAAGGUGUCGUCCAGCUCCAACAGCGGCGGCAGCUACUCCAUCCCCAGCACGCCGUCCCGCAGCAUGCUGACGAGCUCCGAGGACAAGGCUAAAAGCUUGGGCCACAGCGAGGGCCGACUGCACAGCUUGCUGCAGAUGGGCGCUUCGUCUGCCGGCCCCGAGUCGGGCUCCCAGAACCCGCUGGCCAACGGUUUGGUGUGUGAUGAGCAGGGCAUGAACCUCCCGACCGACCAGGAAAUGCAGGACGUCAUCGACUUUCUCUCAGGGUUCAACAUGGGCAAAUCCCAACAGGCCUCCCCGCUUGUCAAGAGGAGAAACUCUGUGGCGUCCGCCAACCCCACCGAGCUCAAACCUCCUGCCGGACCUCCGCCCACUUCCCCGGUUAUUUCUCACGGCACCCAGGCCCUAUCCCAGCCUCAGGCUCAGCCUCCACAGCCACCAUCCCAACAACAACAAGCGCCCCCACCAGCACCACAGCAGCCCUCCUCCCAGGCCCUGCAGUACUACCAGCACCUCCUGCAGCCCAUCGGCCAGCAGCAGCAGCCGCAGCAGCAGCCACCCCCUCAGCUUCCUCCCCCGCAGCAGAGGGGGGCCAGCAAAUGGCUGGGAACGUCCGGCCAGCAACCUCCGCCCGGAGGGCUGUCGCCCCUGGGUCCCAUCGGCCAGUGGGGCGGCUCCCCGGGGCUGCCUGACCUCAGCUCGGACCUGUACAGCCUGGGUUUAGUGAGCACGUACAUGGACAGCGUCAUGUCCGAGGUGCUGGGCCAGAAGCCCCAGGGGCCCCGGAACAACACGUGGCCCAACCGGGAGCAGAGUGACGGCGUCUUCGGUGUCCUGGGAGACGUGCUGCCUUUUGACCCUGCAGUUGGAUCAGAUCCGGAGUUCGCCCGAUACGUGGCCGGUGUGAGCCAGGCCAUGCAGCAGAAGCGUCAGGUGCAGCACCCACGUCGCCCCAGCAACCCUCGCAGCAACUGGCCCAUCCCCGACGAGCAGCACAGGACGUGGACGCACCCCGAGUACUACAGCGAGGGCGAGGCGGUCAACAGCAGCUGGUCGGCCAAUCAGGGAGACUCCGCCAGCUCCAGCGACGAGACGUCCUCCGCCAACGGCGACAGCCUCUUCUCGAUGUUCUCUGGACCCGACCUCUUGGGAGCGGUUAAACAAAGAAGGAAACACAGCUGUGGUGAGCCGGAAGCGUGCACGCUUCCCUCUCCGCCUCUCCACCACAUUGCCGAUGACAACCAGGACAGCAAAACGAAAACAUGGCCUCCCAAAGCGCCGUGGCAGCACUCGGUCCACGGCGGCGCCGGUGGCGGCGGCCUGACCAAUCCCGGCUCUUCCUUGUACCACCAGAUGAAUCUUGCCCCGCCUUCGUCGUCGCAGUGGAGCGACUCCCUGCAGAUGCUGCAGUCGCCUGUGUGGUCGGCGGCCGGCGGCGGCGGCGACUGCUCGCCUUCGGCUGGCGCCAUCUCCUCGCCGUUCCCUUUCGGCCAGCAACAGCAACAGCAGCAGCAGCUGAAAGGCAUGAAGGCCUUCAAGUCGUUCCCCUUGAAACACGAGCACAGGUCCUCUUUCCUUCACCAGUACUGAGCCGGCCGGUCCACAUGCUACAUGCUAACAGUAAUCACACUGGUUUGAUCUACUCCACCUUUUUGAGGUACUUCGACACACACUACUUUUCUACAAGCGCUAUCGGGGCCACGCUGACAGUAAAAACGCAGCCGACGACCACGAUGGUGGCCAAAUGACCCCAGUUUUAAGUCAACUAUCGAACGAAUGAACUCGAACUUUAUGAGCAAAAAGUCCAAAUUUCACAACGAAUGAAGUUAGAACUCGUAACUUAACGUUUUUCUCAUAUUAGGACUUUUUGACUAUUCUUUUUUUCCCCCUCAUAAGUUUACGACAUUGUGCAUGCCACAUAUUAGUUUUUUCUUGUUAGCCACAUUUUUCUCUUUCUGACUCUUUCACAAGACAUUUAAAAAAAAGACCAAUUUCUCCUCACAACGAUUCUAAUUCCAUUCUUGUAGCAUCACUUUUUCUCGAAACAUUGCGACUAUUCUCUUUCCAAUAAAACAUUUUUCCACGACAUUACGACAUUUUUCCCCUCGUCACGUUGAUAGUUUUGCUAAUUACAACGUUUCAUUCUUAUGACAUGACAACUUUUUUUCCUCGUACUGACUUUUGUGUGCCGCUGUCCAACAUUGAUGUUGUUUGAUUACAUCUUUUUUUUUCACAGAACACCACUUCGAAUCUCCAAACUUUUUGCUCAUAACGGAACGACUUCAUUCUCAUAACAUGACAACUUUUUCACAUAAUUGCAAAUUUAAUUUGCACAUAACUGCGAGUUGUUUGUUUGUACUCUCAUGGUUUUCCUCAUAAAAUCCAGCCUUUUUCUGCACAUCACUUUCUAACGCUUUCCCACUCUUUGGUAAUUUAUUUUCCAUUUCCGCGUGGCCCUGGUACAGAGACCUAAUUCGACACCUCCCCACCUUUCCUGUCCUAACGACUUCAGUUACUCACUUCUAUUAUUAUGAAGCGGUCAUUUCUCUGCCCUUCGGAGAGGGUGACACACACUCCUCCUUUCAGGCAAGAGCUGGAGACUGCUAAAAAAACGACAACAAAAAAUAACCUAGUGUGUGUACAGUGAGCUAUAAUUGCCAAAUGUACAGCUAGCGUGUACAUGGAACACCAAUUUUCACUUUUCCUUACGUUUUUAAAGAGGCUUUGAGCAGGCUCAGCACAGUUAACCCGCAAAUACACUACAUUUUUGUUGAUAUUUUCCCUCAUCCGAGACACACAGAUUAUCAUAUUAAAUGUGCCAUUUUGCUGAUGACAGCACUUGUUCCCAACCAAAGCAGGAGACGGAACGGCAGUGCAUUCGCUUGGCCCCUGCAAAAUUAGACGCCCGAACUCUCGUUAUAUUUUCGCAACAGUAUUAAUUGUAGUUACAUGCUAUUUUCCACUUUCCCGAUUUAUGUGAAAAAAAAGAAGCACACACAUUGUCCAUCUUAACCAAAUAUGCUCAGAAAAAAACAAGAAAACGUAUUUGGUUGUUACGGCAAAAGGCCCGAAUGUUAUCAUUUUUUUGUGAUGUUUGCAGAUGCCAACGUUGCCUGUAUUUAUGAAAUGACACCAGAAAAAAACUAACACACAAAUGUUUACAGUUUUGCUGUACAUACAUACAAAUAUAUAUAUAUAAAUAUAUCUUUUUAUAGUUAAAUGUGCUUUGCACAAUCAACAUAGAGGUUCUGCUGUUUUGUUUUUUUUGGGAGGAGGGGCGGGGAGGUUUGUUCAACUCCCGUAAAAACCUUUUUUCUUUUCUUAAGACAGACUUCUAACUGUUAGCUUAUUAUUACUAUUUUCCCCCUGCUGUGUCAAACGGUUGAACUAUACUAGCGACAAGGGAAAACCAAAACGAUAACGGCAAAAGGAUAACAUGGUCAUCUAUAGGAGGCGGGGCUGCUUGGCUUAUGUUGCUUUGUGUUCUUUUCAGCUGGUGACUAGAAAUCUACCAGCAAUGCAAAAAAAAUAAAAAUAAA